AUGUUCACUCGACAAGAAGCCACCGCCACAGAUCUUUGGAAUCUCAACCACGCGAAUGGACAGAGCUUGAGAGAUUUUAUGGAGAAGUUCAAAUCCAUUGUCUCGAAAGUAGACGUGCCAGAUCAUAUAGCCGUGGAGUCGUUAAUGAACACCAUCCACAUUAAGUCACCAUUUCGGGCCGACCUUUACCGACACCCGAUGAGAUCCGUACCAGAUGCCAUCGCACGAUCCAAUAACUUCAUCCGAAUGGAGGAAGAUACUAGGGCCAAGGCGGCCAAAGAAGCUGCAGGGAAACAAACCCCCGCCCGGACGAAUGACGCUCAUCAAGAACCGCGCCAACAUUCCACGAGUGGCAAGCCUAACCAGAGGAAGGGUUACAUGAAUGCUAUAGACGACGCCGAACCAUCGGGCUCCGCCGCAAUGCCGCGAGAGAAGGGGUGGAAUCAUUGGGAUCGAGAUACCAGCCAGCCAAGGUCUAGCUCCCCUGAACCAGCAAACUCGAACGCCGUCGAGCCAAGUAAGUGGUGCUCCUAUCAUGAGGUCAAGUCGCAUGAUACGAAGGAUUGCAAAGUCUUAUACAGACACUUCCUUAAAUCCAUCGAAAGCGGGAAAAUCGAGAUUGAAUCUCUGCAUAAGCUAAAAAACAACAAGAAUUGGAGCAAAAACAAAGAGAAGAAGGUUCAGAAGUCUCAAACAAAAGCCCCUCAGAGAGAAGAGCAAACUAAUCCAGAGAAAGCUAUGGUAAACAACCUCAACCUCGAAGGUGAAUCAACUGAUGAAGAACCACCUAAGAACCGGCGACGGGUGGAAGUAAUACUCCCCCGACAGGCGAAUUCCUCGGAUGACGAAAUUCCGCCGGUACCAACGGACUUGCACGAGAAAUUGGGCAGAAAAACAGAGUCCAAGGAUCUACGUACACUUCUGAAGCGGAACGCCGAAAUGGUACAAAAGAACGAGGUAGACCUCAGGACGUCCCUCGACGAGUCUAAAGCAAGAAAGACUACCCACGCCGGAGUUGCUCUACACAUUCAACCUCAGCCCGCAGAUUUACGUGAGCAGAUCAAUUCCAAAGCCGAAGAAUUGCGCGCGAAGCUUGGUCAGUUCGGAAUUGGCGAAUGCCAGGUCACGAAGGUUCUCGUCGACACAGGCAGCUCAGUCGACCUCAUCUUUCGGGACACGCUCGACAAGAUGGGAGUCGACCUGCGAGAUAUGAAGCCCUCCUCACGUACUCUCACGGGGUUCAAUGGUUCCUCGGAACAGAUGAUUGGGACAAUUCGUCUUCCAGUUUACGCAGGUGACGUGACUCGCACUGUUAAGUUCUCUAUUAUCCGGGCUAAGGAACUCGCACCGUUAAGUUCUCUGUUAUCCGAGCUAAGGCACCCUACAACGCAAUCCUCGGAACGCCAUGGUUACACUCCAUGA